AAAUAUCGCAAGCUCAUAUUUGCCAGGUGACAUGAUUUUGGCAACCUUCUUCAAGACAGCUCAUCACCUCCCUAAACAGCUUCUCUAAAUUAAAUACUUUUCCACUAAUCAAAUUUUUGGCUCACUAAACACAAUUAAACUUUGCCUCUUGCACACGUGCGAUAUUAAGGCCCCUCCCCCACUAUAUAUUGACCCUGUAUAAAAAUCAUACUCUUAAGUCAUCGGCCUUUUGAUCUCUCUCAACGCAUUUUGUGCUUACCUCAAACCCUUCAUUGUCAUCAUCGUCAACAUGGCAUCUUCGGCUCACGAGCAGCACCGCCACUUCCCGGACAUGUACGGCGCCACCUCGGCGCCGCCGCCGACCCCGUCGGCUGUCCCCGCCGCCGCCGGGACGGACUCCGCCGCCGCCGCCGCCGAUGACUUCCUCUCGCGGCUCAUCCACCGCCUCCCGCCCGCUCUCUCUCUCCCCAGUCGCCUCUCUCCAACCACAACCAACAAUAAACCCAACUCCGCCGCCCCUGCCGCCAUCUCGAACGUGUCCUACUCGGAUGAGAGGGACGAUUCUUUCUUCGAGAACCUCUGGUCGGCUUCAUCUGCGGGGUUUUUCCAGAUGACCGGUCAUCCGAUAUCUUCGAAACUCGCUCGCUCGGCAGAGUCGGAGUCGCUUGCUCUCUUCGACCUCGCCCUUGACCAGAAAGAGCUGUGCUUCCCGAAGAACUGGCCUUUCGGAUACGAACGUGACGAAGACGACGACAGACUCGGCGAGUGGUUUUGUUUAGAUUCGCUGUGUUCCUGCUCUUCCGAGUCAAGCGAGCUGAAGCUAGAAUCGCUGCGUGAGCUCGCUCUUGCGAUGGAGAAAGUGGGUUGUGAGAUAAUAGAGUGGAUGUCGCGGGCGAUCGGGUUCGAGAACCCGGUCAAGGCGGAUCCGACCCGGGUCUGUUCGCUGAUGUGGAUAUCGAAGGGCUGCUCCGACGAGGGUCACCAGAGAGCGGUCAUGCCGGGCGGGUUUUACCCGUUCGUAGUCGGGUUGAGCUACCAAAUCAGGACCCAGAAAUAUUCUCUGUUGGCGGAUUCGGGCACGGUCACGGUGUCGCCGGAGGCCGGCUCUUUGAUGGUUGCAAUCGGUGACAUUGCUCAGGUGUGGAGCAAUGGGAAGCUGAAGAAGGUGAGAGGGAGGCCGGUGGCAUGUGGCGAGGGCAACAGUAGCAAGCCAUCAAGCACCAUAACCAUGUCGCUGCUCCUGAGCCUUCCUCUGGAAAGCACAGUAUCUCCCCUUCUUCCUCUGCAGAAAGUCAUCGUCCAUGACCAAGAUGAUGUUGAUCAAGAAGAAGGAGAAGAAGGAGAAGAAACCAUUAAUGCAAGUGACAAAGAAAAGGUGAUGUUCAGAUUGUUCUCGUUCGAGGACUAUGCAUGGAGGGUGUAUCAUGAGCGCCUAGUCAUUUCUUCGCCCAAAGACCCGCUCGACAGAUACCGCAUUACUACUAACUCUUGAGAUCGUAUGCAUCUCUUCAUUCAUGCUCUUUAUUUAUUUGUUUGUUUGCCCCCCUUGAAAACCCUUUUCUUGUUAAGGGAUGCUGGAGAAUGCUCUUUAAUUUGCAAUUCGCAAUCCCCCAAAUUAUCUAUUGAAAA